UGUGGCUGGGACUGGCACUGGAGCGGUGCUGAGGCUCCUGCACUGGCCAGAAAGCGGGAGCCGCGGGUCCCCGAAGCCCCUGGCUUUCCGGGAGCGUCCAGAAUCGGGAUCGGGGACAGGAGUGGGGGCGCCCUCGGUCCUCACCCCGCCCCCGCCCUCUCCCCGCAGCGGGGGCGCCCCGCCCCCCGGGCGCCCGACGUGGACGCGGCCGCUGCCGCCGCCGCCGCCGCGCGGGAGUCGCUGUCCGCGGAACCGAUAUGCAGGCGGCGCGGGCCGGCGCGGGGCGGCCGGGCCGGGAGGGCCGUGGGCUGGAGUGCGAGCGGGAGCGGCCGCCGGGCGCAGGAGUCGCCAUGCCCCUCGGGCCACCGUGCGCCUGGCCGCCCCGCGCCGCGCUCCGCCUGUGGCUGGGCUGCGUCUGCUUCGCGCUGGUGCAGGCGGACAGCCCCUCGGCCCCAGUGAAUGUCACCGUCAGGCACCUCAAGGCCAACUCCGCAGUGGUCAGCUGGGAUGUCCUGGAGGAUGAGGUUGUCAUCGGGUUUGCCAUCUCUCAGCAGAAGAAGGAUGUGCGGAUGCUCCGCUUCAUCCAGGAGGUGAACACCACCACCCGAUCAUGUGCUCUCUGGGAUCUGGAGGAGGACACAGAAUACAUUGUGCACGUGCAGGCAAUCUCCAUCCAGGGCCAGAGCCCAGCUAGUGAGCCUCUGCUCUUCAAGACCCCACGUGAGGCCGAGAAGAUGGCCUCUAAGAAUAAAGAUGAGGUGACCAUGAAGGAGAUGGGGAGGAACCAGCAGCUGCGAACAGGCGAGGUGCUGAUCAUCGUUGUGGUCCUCUUCAUGUGGGCGGGUGUUAUAGCCCUCUUCUGCCGCCAGUAUGACAUCAUCAAGGACAAUGAGCCCAAUAACAACAAGGAGAAAACCAAGAGUGCAUCAGAAACCAGCACACCAGAGCACCAGGGCGGGGGUCUCCUCCGCAGCAAGAUAUGAAGCCUUUUAAGUGUGCGCUCUGAACAGCUCAGGAGACAGUAGAGAAUGGGAGAGGACCUCGCUAUUCUGACGAUGACUGUCCAACAAACAUCUGGCCCUCUCUGUGUCUCCUUCCCUCCAUCUUCUCCUAUCAUCGGGCUUUACUAUUUUCUCUCUCGGCUUCUCUCUUUCUGAUGUCUUGUCCUAAAGCCUCUCAUUAACCCUUAACUCCAGGAGCACCUCAACAACGCCAGUGGCCGAGGCUGCACCCAGAGACAGAACUGUGGAAUGCGAGAGAGCCAGCCCAAGGGAGGUCUGUGCUGUGGGCAGACUGGGUGCCAGGGUUCUCAGCCCGUGUCUUGGCCACUCAGCUUGACCAAAGGCUGUGUGUGAAAGGGCAGAGACGACUUCCAGGCAGGCAGGGCUAUUCUUUUUUUCUGCCCAGUUUCCCGUCUUGCAAGAAGUCUAUUCAGCCAGCUCUGGCCACUUCUCUUGUUUGUUCCCUUCCCAGUUUCCAGACAAGCCCUCAGUGAACAUCAUCAAAGUGUGGCUGGCCCCGUCUGCAGAGAAAGGCUUUCAUUCUCUGCUGGUCCCUGCGUCCUUCCUGGGCCCAGGGUGAACGUUGACUAAAGUGGUGGGGGGCACAGCUAGCCACAGUUCCUUUUCCCCAUCUUAGUCUGAUGAUGGAGGCUGAACUAUAAACCCAAAUUCUGCAAAAGCAAAAAAGCCAAACAAUAACAAAGAAAAAGCCACAAAGCUAGAAGGCCUGGUCUGCACUCUGGAGAAGACAACACCAUACUGCAUGAGACCCAGCCUCCCACCUCCCACUUCUUCUGGACUGGCUUCCUCUUUGAGAUAAUGUGCAAAGCUCUGGGAGAGAGCAAGCAAGUGCACCGGGGAAGCUGUGCAGCUGCCUGCUUCUCAGGGUCCUGACUCCAUCAGGCCCUUUCUAGCCCAGUCAGAAAGGACAUCUGUGGUGUGAGGCACACCUUUGCAAUGUGUGUGAUGUUACUGUUUUGUGGCUUGGAAAACAAUCAGAGGGCUGCACUCCAGAGGGCAGAGGCUGGGGCUGAUUGCUGGUGUCUUCAGUCUUUGCAGUGAGAUCAGGAUGGAUUCUGAGAAGACCUGGAAGGUAGUGUCUCGGCACUGCAGCGGCGUCAGCUGGGAUAACUGGAAAGGGCAUACCUAUGGCCUACACCCUGGGGCUGCUGAGCAACCUGCUGGAAAGCGAUUCACCAGAGAGCAGCUUUGCUGUCACGACUGGCCUCUGGGUCUUUGGAUCUUGCCAUCUCAUUCAGGGUCCUCUGAAAGUUAUCCAGGGUUCCCAUGUCCUUCCCUAGAGCUUGAAGUGUGAAGAGACAGCUAGUUCUCCCUCUUCUCUAUUUCUUUUUCCUCGCCUCUGCCCCUUUCGUUUCUUUUCUUUCUUUUUUUUAAAAAAAGGUGCUUGAUGAGGCAAGCGGACUUCUCUGGGAUACGCACCAUGGCUGCCAAAUGCCUGCCUGGGAAAAGUGGACUCUCCAGCUUCCACUGGUGGCUAAGGUCGUGUAAGAGGCUGUUCCCAGCACAGAGCAGGUGCUUGGUCAUUAUUUGUUGUACUGAAUGAUGCACACUGGUGCCCAAGUCAGAGAGCUAAGCCAUCACCCAGUGACUGCCCCUUCAUUCGGGUCUAUAACAGCUCUCGGGACUGGGGUCAGCCACCACUCUGCUCCAAGUGUGGCAGCACAGGAGAGACAGAUACAGGCAGAUGUCAGCAAACAAAGGGCUUCCUCUUGGGAGGGCAUGAGGUUCCACUCAUUGUCUUGUGACUUCCAUCCCUGCUGAAUGGGGCUGCAAGGCCAAGGCUCCUUAAGAAAGGUCCUUACCUCGAUCCAGUUAGAGCAAUAACCACUUUUUAAAUGUAAAAUAAAGACAAAUGAAAAGGCACACCCUUGUCCUCUGGUAAAUGCCCAAACGUUGCCCUCUUUUUCUGGCAAUUGGCAGUAAGUCAGGGUGUGUGGAGGAGGGAGUCAGUUCUCUUCCAUUUUGGCCUGCAGCUUCUUAGGGACAUGCCUGCCAGCCAAGCUGGAGUUGGAAGGGAAUUCUCGAACAGAUGGGGGUGCACGUGCAGGAGAAGAAAAUAGAUGCUCCACCUCCUCUCUAAGCUCUGCUUGGGCUGCCUCACCACAUAGGUAUGCAGGCGCCUGCUCGGUUUCUUAAAACAAAGGGUUUUCCUCUCCGGAGAGCGCUGUGUGCUUAUUCCUGCCAGAGGACUGUGUGUGGCUCUUAGCUGGGGUGGGUAAGGAAGGAGGAGAGAAUUGCAAAGACUGCUCUCUGCAGAAAUCAUUCAGUGCUCACUCCGUGCUCUUCUGGGCUGUUAAAGGAACAUCAUUAAGAUCCCAGGCUGAAAGGCAGGCAGAGGAACGAUGCCAUUAGCCAAUGAGUGAACUAGGAAAUGGGGCACCUCCAACAUUCCUGUCCAGAGCCAGGGGAGAGAACGUCAGAUGCGCAGUAGUUAGAGCGGGCUGCUCAGGUCCCAAGAGUGGAGGGAGAGGAAGGUCUCAGAAGCCUUUGAAGAGACAGAGCUCUAAGCCAAACCUCAGAGAGGAACCGCCUAGGCCCUCUGCUCACAUACUUCCAACUGAGAAGCACAGGUAGAGGUAGUUAGCAGGGUUUGGAGAGCCCUGUUAGGUGUGUGUGUGUGGGGGGGGAGUUUCCUGUUCAUCCGUGCCUGUGGGUACACCAUAGGAAAUAGAGUAAAGUGCUCCUUUAGCUUAAAGGCCUGUCCUCUUCCUCCUGAAAUGAGGAUGGCUCUGUUCUGGAAUCAAUUGCUAUUUGCAAUA